AUGUCGAGGCGAGUCCGCCGGACCAGGCGGCGUCCGACCGACGACGACGACUUGGACGACUCGUACUUCCUCGCCAAGAGCUACCUGGACCUCCAGGAGUACGACCGCGUCGCGUACUUCACCAAGAACGCCAGUGGGACGACGCGGUUUCUCCACUACUACGCCAGGUACCUCUCGGACGAGAAAAAGCGACUGGACGACACCGUCGAGCCGAUCACGGCUACGGACCGCGGGGCGAGCCAGGAGCUCAAAGACCUGCAGGCUGAGUUGAGGGCCCUGCGGCCCAAGCUGGACGGCUUCUGCCUCUACAUCUAUGGCGUGGUCCUCAAGCGGCUCCAGCUGCGACAGCAAGCUAUUGACGUCUUCGUCGAGGCUGUGCAAGCCGAGCCCCUGCACUGGGGUGCCUGGCUGGAGCUGUCCUCAAUGGUGGCUGACUGCGACCACCUGCGAAGCCUCGUUCUGCCCGACCAUUGGAUGAAGCAGUUCUUCCUCGGCCACACCUACCUCGAGUUGCAGCUCAGUGAGGAGGUGCUUGAGACAUACGAGCAGCUGCAGAAGGGACCCUUCCUUGAGAGCACGUACCUUAUGGCACAGGUCGCCAUCGCCUACCACAACAUGCGGGUAGUCGACAAGGCCAUCGAGUGCUUCCAGAAGCUGCGCAAGGUUGACCCGUACCGGCUGGACAACAUGGACAUCUAUUCCAACCUGCUCUACGUCAAGGAGCUUGCAGUUCUGUUGUACUGA